AUGUCAGGCUUCCCCUUGAAAGCCGUGACGGCUGUCUCUGCUUUUUCUUCCUACAUUCUUGUCGGGCACUUCCCGGGGCGAUUACUCUUUUCACGGCCGUCAUACUUGGGCACAUUCAUUCAGCUUUGGGUCUUGAGCUUCCUUGGAUGGUGUUUUUGGAGGAUUAUUCUCUACCCAAAGUGGUUCUCGCCAUUGAGAUACCUCCCCGAGCCAACAGGCGGCAGUUGGUGGAAUGGCCACUUUGCUCAAAUAUCAGCGCUGCCAUCUGGCGCGCCCAUGAUUGAAUGGGUGAACAAUAUCCCAAAUGAAGGAAUUAUCCGGUAUAAGGCCCUCUUCAAUUCAGAGCGCAUUAUGAUCACCUCUCCUAAAGCGCUGGGUGAGGUGCUUGUAACUCGAAAUUACGAUUUUAUCAAGCCCAACCAUUUUCGAUCUGGCCUUGGAAGACUUCUUGGUAUUGGCAUAUUGUUAGCGGAAGGAGAGGAGCACAAGACACAAAGAAAGAAUCUAAUGCCGGCAUUUUCGUUCAGACAUGUGAAGGAUCUAUACCCACUAUUCUGGGAGAAGUCUCGAGAGGCUGUAGAGGCGAUGACGGAGCAGGUCAAAGACGGUGGCAUCCGGAAUGAGGACUUGCCAGACUUCCAGAAGCGUCCGGAUGUGGAAAACGAUGAUGCAGUCCUGGAAGUGGGAGAGUGGGCAAGCAGGGCUACCCUCGAUAUCAUUGGUGUGGCCGGCUUGGGCCAGGAUUUUGGGGCUAUUCGUGACCCAAAUACGGUCCUCAACAAGACCUACCGAACCGUUUUCAAGCCUUCCCGUCAAGCUGCGAUACUCGGACUUCUGAACCUGUUCUUGCCAAUGUGGUUCGUGAGCAGAUUGCCCAUCAAGAGAAACGGGGAGAUAGAGGCAGCAGCAGCAGUCAUCAGGUCCACUUGCAGGCAACUCAUCCGUGCCAAGAAAGACAAGCUUGAGAAGCGUGAACUAACAGACGUUGACAUUCUGAGCGUCGCAUUAGAAAGUGGUGGCUUCAGCGAAGAGAAUCUCAUCGAUCAACUCAUGACUUUCCUGGCAGCAGGUCACGAAACCACAGCUACUGCGAUGACAUGGGCUGUCUACAUGCUCUGCCUCAACCAAGACGUCCAAAGUCGCCUCCGUGCGGAAAUCCGGGGGAAUCUCCCCAGUCUCAACGAAUCCGAGAGCGUCACAAGCCAGCAAAUCGACAACAUGCCAUAUCUACAGGCUGUCUGCAGUGAAGUCCUCCGCUACUACCCACCUGUUCCUCUCACUCUCCGCAACGCAGGAGUGGACACCCAGAUUCUAGGGCACAACAUCCCGAAAGGAACCCGCGUCAUAUUCAUCCCUUGGGCCGUCAACAAAUCCGAAGAACUCUGGGGUCCUGAUGCCCGAAAAUUUAACCCUGACCGAUGGCUCAACAACCCCAACGGCGGGGCUAACAGCGCUUACUCACUUUUGACUUUCUUGCAUGGCCCUCGGAGUUGUAUCGGGCAGCGUUUUGCAACGGCGGAGUUCGCGUGUUUAUUAGCGGCGUGGAUUGGCAGGUUUGAGUUUGCAUUGAAUGAUGAGAGGGAGUUGGAUGAGAAAAAUGUGGUGAUUAAGGGUGGUGUGACUGCUAGACCUGCGAAGGGUAUGUAUGUUAAGGCGAAAGUUUUGGAUGGUUGGUAA